AGAUAAGAUGGCCCAUCAAAUUUUGCUUCUUAGUUUAAUAGUAAGCAUAGUUUCUUCCCAUGUUGCCAAAGAUUUUAGAUUAGUAAGAUCCCACAUUUUACACGAUGCAGAAGAAAAAUCUUUUAAUCAACUAGACGAUGAUGAUCAGUCACAGCCCUCACAGGAAAACCAUCAAGGACCUUACACAGGAACUUGCAAAGGGGGAUUAGAAUGUGUACCAUUUGUAAGCUGUCCAGGUCACUAUUGGAUGAAAGAUAAAGCUUAUUGUAAAUCUAUAGUUGGUAGGAGAGGUAUAUGCUGCAGUUCUGGAAGAAAUUUAACAAAACCUCUGACAUCCAAAGAUAAUAGAGCUCACCGACCUCAUCACUUAAGCUUGGAUUCGACAACUCUUGGAAUUCUGACGCAUAAGAGUAGAGCUGCAAUGGAUCGGCUACGAUUACAAGAAACCAAAUUACUUAUGACUGAUGGUAACAUGAUUCUGGAACCAGGUUCUGCCAGUUAUAGCCAUUUCAGAAAUUCAAGAAGAUUUAGUUUUACGGAUGUUGCGGAAGUUAUAAACAUAGGAGCAAGAGCAUUGCAAAUUGCUGUCGCUACAACUGCAUUUAAAGAAAGGGAGGGGGUGAGUAAUUUAGAGUUAGAGCAAGGACUCUUGGAACAAAACUUAGAAAGCAGCCCAUUGGGACAUGUUUGUCCUCAUAAACCUCAUUGUCCACCUGUUGAUGAUAAAUAUAGGAGGAUUGAUGGUACUUGCAACAACGUAUACCACUCAUUAUGGGGAGCUUCUAAAACACCAUAUAGUAGAUUAAUGGCACCAUAUUAUGAUGAUGGGGUCUGGUCACCAAGAACUUCUAUUUUGGACAGACAUGCUCUUCCAAGCCCAAGAUUGAUUACUAACCAGGUUUUUAAUGACAGGGAAGCAAAAAAUGAGGAAUAUACUUUACUUCUUAUGCAAUUUGGACAAUUUAUUUCACAUGAUAUUACCCAUUCAGUCGACUUUACAUACAGCAACGGCAGUGCUAUAUCAUGUUGUACAAAGGAUGGAAAAGAUGCCUUGCCAAUAGAGAACCGUCACUAUGCAUGUAUGCCCAUUAAACUGCCAAAAAGUGACAACUUUUAUGGAGGUUACAAACAAAAAUGCAUGAAUUUUGUCAGGACAGUUUUAGCACCCCGUGAGGAUUGUACUUUAGGAUAUUCGCAGCAGAUGAACGAAGUAACACACUUUUUAGACGGCUCUACAAUUUAUGGUUCAACUCCAGAGCAAACAUUACAUCUUAGAAGUUUUGAAGGGGGUAAACUCAAAUCUUUUAAUGAUUUUGGUAGGGAACUCUUACCAUUAUCGAAAGAUAAAGAUGCGUGCCUUACUAUGGAAGAUGGAACUGCUUGCUUUGAAUCAGGGGAUACCAGAACUAAUCAAAUGAUUACAUUGGUGGCACUGCAUACAAUAUUUAUGAGAGAGCAUAACCGGAUUGCUGAGAUUCUCUCGCACUUGAAUCCCGAUUGGAAUGACGAAGAGAUAUUUUUAGAAACCCGCCAAAUAGUAAUUGCCGAGCUGCAAGUUAUUACAUAUAAAGAGUUCUUACCAAUCAUAAUAGGUGAUACAACAAUGGAAGAAUUUGAUCUUAGUCUGGAAGAAGGUUAUGAAUAUUAUUACGGUUAUGAUCCAAAGGUGGAACCUUCCGUUAUUAAUGAGUUUUCUACAGCAGCAUUUCGAUUUGGACAUUCAAUAGUCGACGGAACCUUAAAAAUUUAUGGACUUCACAAGCUGGAAGAAAUGAUAUCCAUUCCUGAAGUAAUGUUCUAUCCAUCCCAAAUGAGAAAAAGUAAAUUCCUAGAUAAAGUGUUAAGUACCCUCACAACAGAACCUAUACAGGAGGUCGAUGGAUCUUUUACAGAUGCGUUAACAAAGUACAUGUUUAGAGCUGGAAGUCCAUUUGGAGUAGAUUUACCUUCAAUAAAUAUUCAAAGAGGAAGAGAUCACGGCUUAAGGCCGUAUAACGAUUACAGAGAGUUAAGUGGUUUACCAAGAUACAAGUCCUUCAGAGAUUUUGGUCCCGAGUAUGGCGAACGGUUAAGUAAAGUAUACUCUACUGUAGAUGACGUAGAUUUAUGGGUCGGAGGAUUACUAGAAGAUAAAGUUGAUGGAAGCUUGGUUGGCCCAGUUUUUAGAGAUAUCAUCGCAGAGCAAUUCUUGAGGUUACGAAGAGGAGAUCGUUAUUUCUUUGAACACGAUCCAAAUUCUAAUCCAGGGCAUUUUACUCCAGAUCAACUGUUUCAACUAAGGAAAGCUUCUAUGUCAAGAAUUAUUUGUGACAAUAGUGAUCACAUUUUGCUAUCGCGUCAAGCUCCGAAUGCAUUCAGAAGACCUGGAAAAAGGAACGAGUUUGUGGAUUGCAAUAGUAAUAUCAUACCAAAAAUAGAUCUUCGAUAUUGGUCCCAAUAGAUAUUUACACUCCUUUUUAUAUUUUUAUUCGUUAGUAUUUAUUAGUUUUAUUCUUAUUAACUUUUCUAUUACUGUAUUAUGUAAAGUUUUAUCUUAUGAAUGUUUGAAAAUAUAUUUUAUCAGAUUUUU